UGCAUGGUCUAGCUGGGGAGACGAGAUCUUGGCUUUGCACCUGCACGUCACCUGCUCGAAUCCCUCACUGCUAGCAAUCUCUCUACAACCGAACGACCUCUUGCUAGUCGAAUCUCAUAAAGCCCGCCCAUGGCGCUGGAGAAAACGUCGGAAUCAGUUGGGGUAUGGGAAAGGAUUAUACCACAAGAUGCAAGAUAAAAAGGGAAAAUCCGCAUAUAACUUACUGCAGUCUGCACAACAUGUGAUUGUCGAAUGCGUUUGAAUUGGAUGAGAUGGUCCCUGCCAAGUGGUUCAGUAAGUUGGCAAUGUGUACAACAAGUGGUUCAGGUUUUCCCCCCAGUGAUAGCUACAUUCCACUUGGGUUUUAAUUCUUUGGUUUGCAUUUAAGAAAAUUAUUUAAAAUGCAUACAUGUAUAGAAUGCUGAAAAAAGUUGACACAAUUUUUUUUGUGUACAAAUACAUAUGAGUUCUGUAACGAAGAAAAUAUGUUUUAACGUUGCUUCUAGAUUGUUUAUCCCAGGGAAAAGGUUUUACUAAAAUGGUUGGCCAGAGUGAACACCCAAGACCCAUGCUUUAUUGCAUGUCCUAGGUCUUGCCAAGUCUGCACUAUUUGUCCUGAUCAGCAACUGGACGAACUUGGCCCGCAUGCAAGCAGCGGCGCUGACGCCGAUUCGGCUACAUUGUCUUCCCUCUCGUUGUCUUCAACGUUCAACCUAUCUCCUCCUCUGCUCUCCUAUGCCUCCUCCGUUAAAUAGCAGAGCCGAGGCAGGGCAAGCAGACAUACGUGCAGAGCAGCCAUGGCUAACCUCCACAUGUUCCUCGGCCUCCUCCUCCUCCUCCUCCUCUCCAUGCACACUAUUCCUCCUAGCAUAGCCACAGAAAAUGAUACUCUCGCGCCAGGCCAGCCAUUUGCUGUCGGCGACAAGCUCGUUUCUAGCAACGGCAAGUUCGCGCUUGGCUUCUUCCAGCCCGGCGCCGGCAACAUCAGUAGUAAUUCAUCUACCUCUCCCGGUUGGUACCUUGCCAUAUGGUUCAACAAGAUCCAUGUCAUCACUCCCGUCUGGGUUGCCAACAGGGAGAGGCCAAUCUCCGGAGCCUAUCUGAGAGCAACACAGCUUCAAAUCUCAGACGAUGGCAACCUUGUCAUCCUAAACAACAACACCCAAUCCACCGUCUGGUCCACCAACAUUACCAAUACUAGAGCCAACACCAACAUCACUAAUACUAGAACCAACACCAACACCACCAGGGCCAUCCUCUUGGGCAGUGGAAACCUCGUCAUAGAAAGCCUAUCAAGCGAGGUGCUGUGGCAGAGCUUCGACAACCCAACCGACAUCCUGCUCCCAAGCGCCAAGAUCGGCUGGAACAAGGUCACCGGCCUGAACCGUGUCGGCAUCUCGUGGAAGAGCCGGAUCGACCCAGGCCUCGGCUCCUUCAGUGUGGGGCUGGUAACCAAUGGCACCAGGAUGGUGACGGCCAGGCGUCGAGGCUACCCUUCCGAAGUGUACUGGUGGUGGUCGCCUGACGACCACUCGUCCAUGCAGAUCCCAGCACUCAGGAAGCUGCUGCACAUGAGCCCACAGACCAGCAUGGUCGUCCCGGAAUACGUCAACAACAAGCAGGAGGAGUACUACAUGUACACCUCACCAGAUGAAAUAUCUUCAUUCCUCUUCAUCGACGUGUUUGGUCAGACCAGGCUGAACGUGUGGUCGCAGGACAACAAGGCAUGGCAUAGCAUCUACGUCGAGCCCGCCGAUCCCUGCACCCCAUACGCCGCCUGCGGACCGUUCACCGUCUGCACCGGCAACUCGCACCCGCCAUGCGAGUGCAUGCAGAGCUUCUCCAGGACGUCGCCUCAGGAUUGGGAGCUUGGUGAUCGAACAGGAGGGUGCUCCGGAAACACUCCGCUGGAUUGCAAUGGCAACAGGAGUUCCACAGACGUGUUCCAUCCCAUAGCUCGUGUGACAUUGCCAUAUGGUCCCUGGAGUUUACAGCAUACUCCUGCAACACGGAGCGAAUGCGAAUGGGCCUGCCUCGGCAACUGCUCCUGCACUGCUUACUCCUACCAAGACAGCAAAUGCUCUGUUUGGCAUGGGGAAUUGUUCAGUGUAAACAAGGAUGAUGGCAUCGAGAUCAGCUCUGAAUAUACUCUGUAUAUUCGCCUUGCCGCCAGAGAUGUUCUGAGUUCAACAAUAGAUAGUAAAAGAAAACCAGCAGCUGGAGUAGUUAUUGCUGCAAGCGUUAUCAGUUUUGGGUUGCUGAUGCUCAUGCUGCUACUAGUGAUCUUAAGGAACAGAUUCAACUGGUGUGGUAUGUCAUCACAGGCCACCGAUCAAGGCAGUGUUGGAGUUGUUGCCUUUAGAUACGCCGAUUUGGGCCGUGCUACAAAGAAUUUCUCAGUGAAGCUAGGAGCAGGAGGUUUUGGGACUGUAUUUAAGGGAGUUUUAAGUGACCUGACUAGUGUAGCAGUGAAAAGGCUUGAAGGUGCCCGUCAGGGAGAGAAGCAAUUCAGGGCAGAGAUAAGUGCACUUGGACUGAUCCAGCACAUCAACCUGGUCAAAUUGGUUGGUUUCUGUUGUCAUGGUGAUAAGAGGCUACUUGUAUAUGAACACAUGUGCAAUGGUUCUCUUGAUUCCCAUCUGUUCCAAAGCAAUGGCACAGUCCUCAACUGGAGCACCAGAUAUCAGAUAGCCAUCGGAGUUGCUAGAGGAUUGUCCUACCUGCAUCACAGUUGCCGUGAAUGCAUCAUACACUGUGAUAUCAAGCCAGAAAAUGUACUUCUCGAUGAAUCGUUUGUCCCUAAAAUUGCAGACUUUGGGUUGGCAUCGGUCAUAGGAAGGGACUUUAGCCGGGUUCUAACUACAUUUAGGGGAACUACAGGGUAUCUUGCCCCAGAGUGGCUUAGCGGGGUUGCUAUUACAUCAAAAGUGGAUGUUUACAGCUUUGGCAUGGUACUGAUGGAAAUCAUAUCGGGAAGAAGGAAUGCAUCUGUUGUGCACACUAGUGGCAACAACCAUGUCGAUUUUUUCCCUGUGCAAGCCAUCAGCAAGCUUCAUGAGGGAGAUGUGCAGAGCUUGGUAGAUCCAGAAUUAUAUGGUGACUUCAGCUUGGAUGAGGUUGAAAGGGUUUGCAAUGUAGCAUGUUGGUGUAUCCAGGAUAAUGAGUUGGACCGGCCAUCAAUGGGUGAAGUGGUCAGAGUUCUUGAGGGUCUAAUGGAGCUUGAUAUGCCUCCAAUGCCGAGACUGCUUGCGGCUAUAACAACACAAUGCUCUGAUGUCACUUCGAUGUAGUAAUUCUAACUAUUUGUAUUGUAUAUGCUACUUUUAUUUGCUUCAGGAAAUUUUAUGGUUCUCGUUUGGACGUGUAAUAGCUCAAAGAUCAUAUACUAUAAUAUAAAAUAAUAUAAUAAAUAAUUUCUUUCCUGCAUCAUAUAGUUCAUUUGAUCUCUAUUUUAUUUGCUUCAGCAAAUUUUAUGGUUCUCGUUUGGAGCGUGUAAUAGCUCAAGGAUCAUAAAAUCUAGAAUAAUAUGAUAACUAAUUAAUUUCUAGCAUCUUAUAGUGCAUUUGAUAUCGGCCGGCAAUACUAAAUCACUUAGUGAAUAAAUUCAGAAAACAGAAAAUAAAACUAUUAAUCAAAAAAAGACACAGGUACACCAAUUAAAUGAUAAAUGCUGAAGGCUAUCUGAACUCAUAAAUAUCAUUACUUAUAAACUAGUCAUCAACCUGUGCGCCUACAUGCUAGCUAUUUUUUUAGAAUGCUACUUUUAUUUAGGGAGUGUCUAUAUUACAGUCGACUGGAAAUAAAUUGGACUUCAGUCAAUUUUUUCAUCCAGUAACAUGACAUGUAUAUGUAUAUAUGUAUGUACGACAAAAUAAACAACAGAAAAAACGAAUGUAUGUGAAUUCAUGUCACAAGACCAAAAAACGACUGAGAACCAAAAUAGUUUCAGUAAAAAACAUGACAGUGUAAUUGUUAGGAAUUAUUGGGAUCUAGACCAUCUGUUAUCUCUACUAGA